AUGACUCUAUCUCAGCUGGAGAUCUUUGUUCGGGCUCUGUCUCGACUGUUGGGCUGGAUAUACAUGGCCUGUUGGUCAACAUCUUUCUAUCCUCAGCCCAUCUAUAAUUUUCGACGGGGCUCGACAGCUGGGACGUCAAUUGAUUUUCCCACAGUCAACUGUCUGGGGUUCAUAUAUUACACCAUUUACAAUGGUGCUUUCCUAUUUUCACCAGUGAUUCGCGCCCAAUACGCAUCUCGGCAUCCACUCUCGGAAGAGCCUACGGUCCGCCUCAACGACUUCGCCUUCGCGGUUCACGCGGUGAUCAUGAGUCUGGUUGUGUAUUCGCAAUUCUGGCCAAUGAUUUGGGGUCUACAGGUUUCCCGCUUUCAAAGGAUCAGCAAGCCCAUAGCGGGCUUAUUUUGGGGGUCCGUCUUGGCACCACUCAUCGCGAUUUGGGUUGUUUUGGCAAAGAGCCCUGACGGGGGUCAUGAUCCUUCGACUUGGGCGUGGAUCGAUGUGAUCUACAUAUUUUCCUAUAUCAAGCUCGUCAUCACGGUUGUGAAGUAUGUACCGCAGGCCUGGAUGAACUACAAGUGUCAGUCGACCUUGGGCUGGAACAUCAAUCAAAUCUUGCUGGACUUGGCCGGCGGUGUGCUGUCACUACUUCAGCUCAUCAUGGACUCGAGCCUCCAGAGCGACUGGAGCGGUAUUACCGGAAAUCCGGUUAAGCUUUUCCUGGGGAAUAUUACGAUCAUCUCCGAUCUGAUUUUCAUAACUCAGCACUACAUCCUAUAUCGAGGGGCGGAGUCCAAGCCCGGAUAUCCGCAUUCGGAUGCCGACUCGACCGCGCCUCUAUUGGCUGAGGAGUCCGCGCAAGCCAGAUGA